GAUGUGGACGAGACCGCUGUCAAAGUCCAGGUCUGUGUAUUCCCAUUUGAUCUGCUGUAUUUGAAUGGCGUCUCACUGAUUGAGAAACCCCUACGAGUUCGAAGACAGAUUUUGCGUGAUACAUUCACUCAAAUACCCGGCGAAUUUAUGUUCGCCAUUUCGCUCGAUUCUUCGGAUACCGAUGAGAUUGCAGCAUUUUUGGACGAGUCCAUUAAAGGUAUGCAACCUUUUUAA